UCUGGCCCUGCUUGAACAGCUGCGACGCCGCCUCCUCUCGUCCGCGGAUCCCACCCUCAGCGGCGGGGGAGGGGGAAAGUUUUCCCCUUUGCAGGGGCUGUGUGGUGCGAGGCGACAACAAGACCUUAGGAGAGUCCGGGAAGAAGCCAACAAUUGAGUUUUCUUCUGAUUAUACUGUGCUGAGCUGGACAGAGAAAUCAUGGCGAGGUCUCCCUCUGUUGCCUAUGGGGAGGGGUAUCUCUCCCAAGGCUCAAGGGAACCUCCUGUCUUGGCCUCCUGAAUUAAUGGGACUUGAGAGACUGCUAACAUCUGAACAUACAAAAUCAAACAGACAAACUCUUGCACAAUUGCUCCCCCAGCAUUCUACUCUAGAGGAAUGCCACUGCACAUGGAUUCCAAGCAGGUUAAAAAGAAAAGUAGUUGAUUAGAUCUCAGAGCACCCAGUGAACGGGAUGACGGCCACAGCUGCAGUGGAGACACCAAAAAUGGAGAAGAGUGCUUCCAAGGAAGAGAAGCACCAGCCAAAGCAGAAAGGCAGCACAGACCGAGACAAUGCUGAUCCUGAGGAAUGGGUGAACUCUGAGAGUGACCCUGAACCGAUGAGCUUUAAGAGUGGCCACAACAGCAACCAAUCUGCAGAUAUUCAGUUGAAGAAGAAAGAGAUGCCCUCCAAGCCACAUCGCCCGCUCUGUCGGUCACCCUGCCUGGACCGGCCAAGCUUCUCUCAGAGCAGCAUUUUACAGGAUGGGAAGCUAGACUUGGAGAAAGAAUACCAAGCCAAGAUGGAUUUCGCUCUAAAGUUGGGCUAUGCAGAAGAACAAAUUCAAUCAGUGCUUAAUAAACUAGGCCCAGAAUCACUUAUUAAUGAUGUAUUAGCAGAGCUUGUGAGACUUGGAAACAAAGGUGAUUCCGAAGCACAAGUCAACUUGAGUCUGUUAUUGCCCCGAGGAGCUAGUUCCAGAGAGAUUGCGAGCCCUGAAUUGUCUCUUGAAGAUGAAAUAGACAAUAGUGAUAAUUUAAGACCAGUUGUUAUUGAUGGAAGUAAUGUGGCAAUGAGCCAUGGGAAUAAAGAAGAAUUCUCCUGCAGAGGAAUACAGCUCGCUGUGGAUUGGUUUCUAGACAAAGGCCAUAAAGACAUCACUGUAUUUGUACCAGCAUGGAGAAAGGAGCAAUCCCGCCCUGAUGCGCCGAUUACAGAUCAAGAUAUUCUGCGUAAACUGGAGAAGGAAAAGAUUCUCGUCUUCACACCAUCCCGAAGAGUCCAAGGCAGAAGGGUGGUCUGCUAUGAUGAUCGGUUCAUAGUCAAAUUGGCUUUUGAUUCUGAUGGCAUCAUUGUGUCCAAUGAUAACUACCGAGACCUUCAAGUUGAAAAGCCAGAAUGGAAGAAGUUUAUAGAGGAACGGUUGCUGAUGUAUUCUUUUGUGAAUGAUAAGUUUAUGCCACCAGAUGAUCCUCUUGGACGCCAUGGUCCAAGCCUUGAGAAUUUCUUAAGAAAGAGACCUGUGGUUCCUGAGCAUAAAAAGCAACCGUGUCCGUAUGGCUGCCUCAACAUACAGAUUUUGCCUAAGAAAAGUUGUCCAUCACCAGAAAAAUGAGGCUAGUCCACAGCUCAGCUCUUAGCUCUUACACUGCAGUUUCCUCCGGAGCUUUCCACUCACUUCCUCUCCCUUCACAGUAUGUGGUGACUCCUUGGUGUUGUCUGUGUCUCAUCUUUGUGGAGAGUUCAUUUUCCGCUUUAACCCCGAACAGUAUAACUCUAACCUGAGUGGUCAGAUUGUUUAGGACAAUGUCUGGCACAGAGGGUUACACCACUAUGAAAGAGAGAGUCUUACUCCAAGGCAUUAUUUUUCAGGCAAAAAAUGUACCUACGGCCACAAGUGCAAAUACUAUCAUCCGGAGCGGGCCAACCAACCCCAGCGUUCGGUGGCUGAUGAGCUCCGCAUCAGUGCCAAACUGUCCACAGUGAAAAUAAUGAGUGAAGACACCCUGGCCAAAUGUGGUACAGGGAUGUCUACUGCCAAAGGUGAGAUAACCUCAGAGAUCAAACGUGUGGCCUCCAAGCGCCAAUCAGAUCCCAGCAUCCGGUCUGUGGCUGUGGAGCCUGAGGAGUGGCUGUCCAUUGCCCGUAAACCUGAGGCCAGUUCUGUCCCUUCACUUGUGACCGCUUUAAGUGUCCCUACAAUCCCUCCCCCCAAAAGCCAUGCAGUGGGUGCACUCAACACCCGUUCAGCCAGCAGCCCAGUGCCAGGGUCCUCCCAUUUUCCCCAUCAAAAGGCCUCUUUGGAACACAUGGUCAGCAUGCAAUAUCCACCUAUCCUGGUUACCAACAGCCAUGGCACCCCUAUUAACUACACUGAGCAAUACCCAAAGUUUGAGACCAUGGGGGACCAUGACUACUAUUCAGUGUUAAGCGACUUCUCCAAGCUGAGCAUCAACAACAUGCAUAAUCAUGAAUAUUAUAUGGCUGAGGCAAACCAAGGGGUAUAUGUUCGGAAUCCUGGCCUAUGUACCGACAGUCACAUGAGCCAUACCAGGAAUGACAACUAUUCCUCUUACAACAACUUGUACUUGGCUGUAGCUGAUGCCCAUCCUGAAGGCACGUUGAAGCUGCACCGCGCAGCAUCCCAUAACCAUCUUCAGCCUUUCUCCCAUGGUUACCAUGAAGCCUUAGCGAGAGUUCAAAGUUAUGGUUCAGAAGAUUCCAAGCAAGCACCCCACAAGCAGUCAGUCCCUCACUUAGCUCUGCAUACCCAGAAUCCAGCAACUGGAGCACACUCUAGCUGUCCUGGAGACUACACCAUGCCUCCCAAUAUCCAUCCCGUGGGACCCUCCCAGCCAGGCCGUGCUCUGGUGAUGACUCGGAUGGACAGCAUUUCUGACUCCCGCCUCUAUGACAGCAACCCUAUGAGGCAAAGGCGGCCUCCUCUGUGCAGGGAACAGCAUGCUAGCUGGGACCCAUUGCCUUGUACAGCCGACUCCUACGGAUACCACUCCUACCCCUUAGGUAACAGCCUCAUGCAACCAUGUUAUGAACCAGUCAUGGUAAGGAGCAUGCCUGAAAAAAUGGAGCAGCUUUGGAGGAAUCCUUGGGUCGGAAUGUGCAAUGAUUCUAGGGAGCAUAUGAUACCAGAGCAUCAAUAUCAGACGUACAAGAACCUCUGCAACAUCUUCCCUUCUAACAUUGUUCUCGCAGUGAUGGAGAAGAAUCCCCACACAGCAGAUGCUCAACAACUGGCAGCCUUGAUUGUUGCCAAGCUUAGGGCUGCACGUUGACAUGACAUAGGACUUAUUCCUUUACAUAAAUAUGAAUACUAUUAAUACAUUGAGACUAUAAUUCUAGUAAGUAAUAAUUUGUGUUGUGCUUUUCAAAUUAGAGUACUUCUAUCUUUUAAGUACAUAACAACUCUGUGAGGUAGAUCUCAGUAACAUUCGAUUUUAUAGAGAAGGAAACAAAGCGUGAUGCUCGAAAAUGACAGCAAGACACCCACCUAAGUUCUCUGGCCCAAUGUCCCAUGCCCUUUCCCACUAAAGUGUGGAGAUAAUGGGGGACAAAACCCAGGAGGCCUACGUGCACAAGAAACCCCAAGGGAACUCAUUACUAUACCUUUCUUUCAAUUUUCUUUUUUUAAUUUUUUGAGACAGUUUUUGAGACCUUGUAACCCUGGCUUUCCUGAAACUUGCUAUGUCGAUCAGGCUGACCUGAACUCAGAGAGCCACCUUCCUCUGCCUACAGAGUCCUGGGAUUGAAGGUGUAUGCCACCACACCUGUGUUUUUUCUGUCACAAUUCCCUAUUAUAAAGUGUGGAUCAUCUGUCCAAUUUAGAAAGCAAAUACCUGAGGAUCAGAUUGCAUUGUGAAUUAACCUUUAAGGUUCUUUUAUAGACAUAUUUAAAAUCAAAAGUAAAAAGAUUUUAUUGCAUGGAUAUCUGAUCAUUCAAUAUCUUUAACCAAGUAUAGGGUCAUAUUGAGGCUUCUAGAGAAAUAAUUGAACCUUCCUCUUAGCAAUUCUACUGCAUGUAUGAAUUUAUGUAUUUGGUUUCAGAUGUGUUUAUAUCUCCGGUAUCAACUUUUCUAUAGUGAUAAUGAGAUGGUAAGCUCUAUACAGACUAUAGUUUACAUCUGUAUAGAUCACAAAUACAACUUGAUUUUGUCACACUUUAUAGUUUCAAUUAGAGUCGAAAGUGAAAUCACAUGGCAACAUUUACAUUUUGCUUUCUAAAGGCCCAGAGUAAAGCAGCUGUAAUUCUUCUACAUCUUUCACUUGACCACAUUUAUUAACCAUUCUUAGCUUUCAGAAAGUCUCUUCACUUUAGCAAAUUAGGGGUCAGGCUGAAGCCUUCUAUAGAGGAACUCGUCUAUAAGCUCAUGUUCAACGCUUAGUAUGUAUAUGAUACACAAGUGCUGAAGAGCUGGACCAGGACCAAGGGACUCACUAGCAGAAUCUACUUCCCUUAUCCCAGGAGGGAUAGCACUAAGCGAUAGCUACAGAGUUGGAACUUCUGACCAAUUCAACAUUACAGGACAAAGUGUAGUGAAGGGGAGCGCAUAGGCAUACAAGCUACUCUCUCUAGCUGUCCACCCUUUGAGCAAUAAGAUCAGUAGUUAAUAGAGCAGAAUUUCUUUAGGAAAACAAACCAGGGUAUUUUCUAGGUGGCAAAAAGCAGUUGCCAAAGGAGAAGUGUUCUGUUAUGCACUUCAAAUCCAAGCAAAGAGGGUGCACUGGAUUAGAUCACGAGAUGCAUUAUUAAAGAAGGUAUGACUUUUUGGGCCAGGCAGCACCAUUUGCACAAGUUGAAUCUUCCUCUAGGUAGAAUCAUUUGUAGCUGCGCGCCUCUAGAAGGGGCAUUUAUUGUUUUGUUUUGUUUUGUUUUAAGAUGCACUAAAUGAGCCCUCCUUUCUGAAUUCACUGUAUAUUUCAACAUUUUGAACCAUGACCAGCUCCCAAUUUCUGAAGCUGGAACUUACUAACUUCUCCAGUCCUUUUUCAUGAGAGUUGAGAAGGCCUGGCCUUGGCCUUUUGUUUCUUCAUGAGAAGGUGUAAUACUGCCUAUAAAUGUUUCUUACUGUGAAACACUCUGAAUGUGAGGCUGUAGUCAGGGUUGUUUCUGGUGGUUUGAUAACGGCUUACAUGCUGCUUUCCAGCUUUCUCUCUCUGUGAAAGUUGAUGAAUAGUACAUCUGACCCAGUAUUUGCUUAGCCACAAUUUUACAUCUACUCCUCCUACCCUCUAAUUGUCUCAUCCCCCAGUAUACUGAGAAAGUGUAACAAUAUUUUCUAUCAAGUUGGUCCAUAUAAACUGACAGUUGCCACUGCAGCGCUUGGUAUCUCACACAAGCAUCUCUUCAUACCUUCAACUUUGUGGACCUUCUAAAUCUGCCCCUUGACUAGAUCAGGGUAUUUGACAAUCUUAGACUAUUCUGAUGCCUUUCUACCAAUUAGUUCAUCUUCCUACCAAUGGCACUGCAGUGUCCACUAGCUUUCCGUUUUGCGGGAAAGUCCAAGAUUCGUCUUGUUGGCUGCAAUUCAUCUGGAAUGUUUGUGUUGAAAAUUCAAAAUAAUUGUAAGCUCCUCCCAGUAGGGGGACUUUUUUAAAGCUAGCGUAUGUAUUUUUUACUUUCUAAGAAAGGAUUGCCAUUCUUCUCUCCUUGUAAAAUGUGUAUGAACCAAAGCAGCUAAGAGCAAUGCCUCAAAUAACCAGAAAUGACCUUUUGUUGAUACAAAUUGUAUCUCUUUUUCUCCUGAUUGUAUAGAGACAAAUAUACAAAACUCAUCUUAAACUAUGUUUAGUACUUAAUUUUCACCAUAUUUGUGGCACUGUGUGUCACAGGAAAGUAGCCCAGGGGUCACGAGGGAGCUUUUAUUUCCAAAGGGCAGUAGUUUAUAGACAAACACAGUUUUCAAGGCCUCUUUAUUGUUAGAUGCACAACUAUUGUGUGUACAAUCUGCAACAUUGUGACUCUCUUUAGCCUAUUAAAUUUAAUAUGUCCUUAUAAAAGGGAUUUUUAUAAAUUGUCAAUAGUAAUAAACCAUAUGUAAGAAUCUUUAAGGAGCUGUAUAAAUAUGAAUGCAUAAAUCCAACUUGGUUCUUACAUUAGAGAAACAUUUUUUAUAUCAAGAUCUGCAUACUUCUUGACUUUUCCAUUUUGUCUAUAAUUAUACAAUAGCAAAUAAAGAAGAGCAUUGAGAGCUCGGUAGCACCCUUCAAGGGGCUAAGUGUGUGUCCUUUAGGAUACUUACCUCCACAUUCACAGCAGGGGUUAAGGCACAGUGUUCUGUGUGGUUUUCAAGAAGCAGCGGAUUCUGUAAGAGGUGCUUUGUCAUUUGAAUUCCUUCACUGAUUUUCUGACCUCAUAGCAAAUCUCUGCCUGUCCAGGCCUUAGACUUUGUAGUUUCUGAUUUUCGUUUUCUUGUUGUGACCUUAUUAUUGUUGUUGUUUUCAUUUCCGCCUAAAGGAGAAAUGUGACUCUGGAAAGGCAUGGUCAAUCCAGAGCACCCUUUCUAUAAGACAGCUCAAAGAAAGAGGAGCCUUUUCAAAGGUAACAUGGAACUAUUGAACUCACUUAAGGUACCAGGUAUGGAAGGGACAAUGACAGAUGCCUUAUGGAAAUGGUCUGUAAAACUUUUCUUCUAAGUAAUGAAGCAUAUGGCAUGAUUUUUCUCCCUCUUUCUUAUUCUCUCAACCCCUUCUGGUUUCUACUUCUCCACGAUCCUUUUUUGUUAAGUCUCGGAAUUAAUAACCUUUAUAAAACAAUUCAAUCAUUAAUAUCUAUUAAUCUUUGUUACAGUUUCCCUCUAACGCGGAACAGUUCGUUGUGAAGAGGCUCUCAGUUAACAUUCUAUCUGUGCUCUAAGUGUGCGGCUUUGUACAAGUGCCCUUCUUGAGGGCCAACAAUUUCAAUAGAGUUUGUUUUACUUUGUAAAUCAGGUUUGGAUUUGCACAGGGAAAGUCAUGCGAAGCUGUCCAAAGAGCCGUGCUCAGGUCUCCUCCUAACCCUUCUCUUCCACCUCCUAGUUUGCUUCUCUUCGGGUAUGAAACUGAGGAGUGCAUAACCUUCAACCAAAAUGGCACUAGUGUUAGUUUUCAUUCGAAACCAGUGUAUUUCUAGAACUUGCUUGUCUAAAGUAGUCAAUGCCUCUGUGAAGACUCAGCAUAUUUGAUAUCUAUUGUAUUAUAGCUAGCUAUACACAUAGGCAGAUUGACUAUUUUUUAGUCCUGGUUUGUGUAUCAUUGAGCUAUAGUAAUUUGUUUUAUCCAUUUGUGGGAUUAAACAGUAUUGUUUAAUGGUUGUAAACUUUUUAUAAAACCACUUUGGGUUCCUUGUUUGACCCAAACAUAAUGUAAGUCUCAAUGACAAAAUACACAGAGCCAACGUGAGGUGAGUGAAAAUAUAACCCUUCCCCAGUUUUGUCUGCCUCUCUAACGCAUGUGCAAUGCUUUAUACGAUAUUCUCACUAGCAUGAAUGUACUUAGAGGUUUUUAUUUGUUUCACCUAUAAUUGUGAUGAAAAUGCUGUAUUGUUGACAACAAUGAACUGUAAACCCAUUAACUGCAUAAACUUUGUCUACUAAUCA